AUGGUUGCGUCGGCGACCUCUCCAAACAACCCUCGCGCAGCACCAGUUGCCCGACCUCGCCUCGCCGUCUAUAGGAACACGCCCACCGGCUCGUCGAGUAACACUGCCGCCUCUCCUCCACAAGAACCGCCUUCCAGCGAGUCCGACGACGCGAACGACGAUAGCGAUAGCACCGGCGAAGUGGAUCCCGCGAUCGGUCCCUCUACCGCGACCUCCACCGGCACGCUCGAGCAAUGGGGACCACCACCGCCUCCAGCAGGCUGGGAUCACGGUGGUAUCCUUCUGGUACCCAUCCCCACCCCAACCACGCGAGAAGCUCGAAUCCAAGUGGUUCGCACCUUGACACGAACGCUCCUUACCCUUCCCACCCGCCACGACUCCCUUCGCUUCGCGUUUUACGGGCUCACCAAAAAAUUCCAUGUCGAAUCCGAUGUGUUGUGGGACAAGGAUCCAGUACGCUCGCACCCAGUCGAUAUGGCCAACCUCUUGGGGCACUGGCGUUCGGCGCUGACCCGCGUCAACACCGUCACCGCCGAGUGGCUUCGUAUCAAGGACACCAUUCACUCGCUGGUCUCCGCUAUGCACGUCGCGCUUCGGGGUGAGUUGGAUGGGGUCUCAACCAACGGUCGCAUCCCGGAAGAUCUCUUCCUCCAAGGCUACGCCAGGCGCACGCUCGUCAACAUACCCACUCGCCUGCCUUCGGGGUACAGAUCUGAUGGGUACCUGGAGGAAUGUUCUUACGGUUGGGAGAACGAAUCGCUGUCCACCGAGAGUUCCCGACAGAUGUUGGCGAUCCUCACUCCAAGCCGCCGCCCUACCUCCGUUAUGAAGCCCCUCCUCUCAUUCCCGCCCCAGGAGCACCCGGCAACUGACGAUGACUUUCUUACUCGUAUACAUUUCUCUACCUCCACCUUCUUGCUCGUCUAG